UAAUAAAUUCCUCUAUCGUGAAUCUCCAAAUCCUGGGCUUAACGAAAUUGGGUAUGAACAUAGUGGAAUAAUUGCUAAUAGAAAUUUAGAUGAAUGGAAAAUUAACCGCCAAUUUUUCGUCAAAACAUUAAUGUCGAAAACAUUUUUGAGAAAUAUUACAGAAAAAACAUACAGAACAGCUUUAGAUAUGUUUAAAUUAUGGGACAUUUUGAUAAAUGAUCAGCGAGAGAUUAACUUGUCUGAAUGGUUUACAAGACAUGCUCCUGGUGUGAACUAUUUUAAUAACAUGUUAAUAAAUCGUAUAAAAGAAUUGGAUGUAUUUUUACAUGAAAUAAUUCAAGAAAGAUGUGUUGAAAUAGAUUCGUUACCUAAAGAUGCUUUACUACCGUCUGACUUUCUAACAUUGCUCCUUACUGCAAAAACAUCACGUUGUUCAGAAAAUGCUUUAUAUAAGUCAUUAAGCCGAUCAUUAAAUAAUUAUCAAAUUUUUGGAAUUAUUAAAGAUAUUUUCCUUGGUUCCUUCGAAACGACUGCGACUGUAAUGUGCUCAGUAAUAUAUUUUUUAUGUAAAUACCCUUCUGUUAAAUCUAAAGCUCUUUCAGAAAUAGAUUUAAUAUUCGGACAUUCAACGGCACCUCUAAAUUUACAUUACGAAGAUGUAGAAAAACUUCAAUACUGCGAUGCCUUAAUAAAAGAAGUACUUCGUAUAAAGUCAACAUUUCCUGUACUAACACGAUCAAAUUCUGAACCUGUAGAAGUUGGUGGAUAUCUAUGGAAAGAGGAACAAUCAUUCUUCCUAAAUUAUGAAGGAAUAAAUCUUAAUGAAAACGAUUGGAUUGAUUCAAAAACUUUUGAUCCUGAUAGAUUUUUGAAGGAUGAUGGUAGUAAGCGAUCAAUGAAUGCUAAGGUGGCUAAUGCUAAAGGAGCAUUUUCGGCAUUUGGUGGAGGUGCUAAGUCUUGUCCGGGAAGGCUUUGGGCAAUAAUCGAAAUUAAAGUAAUUUUAGUAGCAGUUUUAAUGAGAUAUGAAAUAGAAUUUGUAAACAAAGAUCAAGAAUUGGAUAUGUUUUGCGAUGUUUCUUAUCAUUGGAGAGAACUUAAAGUCCGUCUGAAACCUAAGAAGCAGAAAGAAUAA